CUUUUUUUCAAACUUUAGAAUGAAAAUAUUUUUUGAAAGUUAAAGCCAUAUUUACUUUUUCAAUGAGGUGUAAAGUAUUAGAGUAGAUAAUUGAAAAUUUGGAACAGAAGCAAGAAUUAGAACAGCAUCAUCUCAUCUUCAACCUUUCUCAACCUUUCGCCCAUUUCCACUUCACGCGAGGGACAGCACAGAGUCUAUCUUAAGAUCGGGUCAGAAUUGGAUCGUUUCGGUCCAAAAGGAAUGCGGGCUUUACCAUUCGGAGCUGACGGUGUUGCCGCGGCUGCUACUUCUUCUCUUUCAUCAUCGUCGUCCCCGUCCUCAGUUCUUGCAGAUUUCAUCAACGUAUCUGUGAAUCUGGGCUUCUUCAACAAGAUCCAUUUCCAGUCUUCUCCCAUUCUCAGAGCUUCUAGUCUUCCUUCUCAUGCUUCUUCUAUAUCCCCUCUUCCCAGAUCAGGUCUCUGUAGGGCUAGUCAAAUAGCCAAACUGUUCCCAACAACGGUGUCACCGGAAGUCGUGGUUAGAGAGGCAAGAUUAGAGGACUGGUGGGAAGUGGCAGAGACUCAUUGCAGCUCCUUCUUCCCAGAUUACUCUUUCCCUCUAGAUUUCGUGUUACGGAUAGACAGGCUGGUCGCAAUGUUGUCUGGAUUCUCCCUACCCAAAGGCUGUGAGAGAACGUGUCUAGUUGCCGUCACUGGAAGAAGCUCAGAGGAAGAAGGGUCCUUCUUUCUUCCAUGUGAUGAAGGAUUCAAAAUGAAUGGAAUAUUGAGUCUCGUGAAUAAAGGGUAUGUGUCUGGGGUUCUUACUGUGGACACCGUUGCUGAUUUUAUUCCACAGAGAGGUCCAUUGAGACAAAGAAGGCGUGGGAUUGCGUACAUAUCAAAUGUGGCCGUGCGGGAGGGGUUUCGCAGGAAAGGGAUAGCGAAAAAAUUGAUUGCCAAAGCAGAGGCGAAAGCCCGGAGCUGGGGCUGCCGCGCCAUCGCAUUACACUGCGACGCCAGUAACCCUGGCCCCACAAGACUGUACGUAGGACUCGGGUUCAAAAUGGUCAAAGUCCCACAAGGAUCCAACUGGCCUCAACCGCCGGCCAUCUCUCCCGACGUUCGGUACUGUUUCAUGAUGAAGCUUCUUCAUGAACACUAAAGUCAGAGGUAAUAUGGGUGUGAAAGAUUUCUUGUGUGUGAAUACAAGGGACAAAGUUUCUUGGAAGUGGGAAAGGUUAUACUGUGUAUAUUCAUAAACAGUCAUUUCUGUCCAGUUUGAAAUUUGGUUUGGAGGAGGAAUGAAUUAUUGUGUACUUUUUUUUCUUUCUUUGUAGGUGAAGAAGUACAGUGCAUGUACAGAGUGGUCAUGUUGUAAAAUUUGUUUCCAUAUAACACAUUACAAUCAAUCAUCUUUAAGCUU